AUGAUUAUCAAGAUAGCAAUCAUAACAGUGUUAGCAGUCAUUCUUCACCCGAUCAUCAUAUUCAUAUGGAAACUAGGAUUGUAUACACAGUUUAAUAAACAUUAUCCUGGACGAUGUGAAAGAGUUAAAGGAAUAGGAGUAGGGUCUGAAGAUUUUCACGUGUUUCGAGAUGGUUUGACCUUCAUAACUUCUGGAUUCCGGUUGAGAGAACAUGAUCAUGAAGCUAUGUUGAAGUUCGUAGAAACUAAUAACGUGACCGGUAACAUCUAUUUAUAUGAUUUCAAUAAACAGAAUGGCCAAGCUCAGAAGUUAUCUAUAGAAGAGUCAGAUGAUUUUAAAUUAGCCUCAUUUGCACCUCACGGAAUCAGUGGGUGGGACGAUGAAACAACAGGAAAACGUUAUUUAUUUGUUGUAAAUCAUGACCUUAGUGCUGGAGAAACUAUAGACAAAUUUCUCUACCUCACUGAUAAACAGUCUUUAAAACACAUUUAUAGAUAUCAAGACAAUACCACAAUGCUCAAAUUGAAUGAUGUACAAGCCACGGGUGUUAAUACAUUUUAUUUUACCAACUUUGCACCAGGACCUAACAAACUGCUGGCGUUGAUGCAGUAUUUAGGACAAUUUCGAUGGACGACCGUAGUAUAUUACGAUGGAGCAGUAUUCAGGGAUGUGUUAACUAAGAUGCCAAUAUCUAAUGGUAUCUAUAUGUCGCAUGAUCAAAGUCAUGUAUACAUCGCCUCUAAUCUAGAUUCUUCUAUCAUGAAUUACAAGAGAGAAAAGAAUAACGAACUUACACUUCAGCAGGUUUAUGAGUUAAACGCAAUACCUGAUAACAUACUAAUAGAUCAUAGUACGGGAGAUCUGUAUGUUGGUACUCAUCCUAUAGGAUAUAGGAUACUGAACCAUCUUACAUACCCUUCUGAGAGGGCACCAUCAAUGGUUUUGCAAUUAAAAACCAAGGAUCAUAUCAUCACAGAUACCAUCGAACUAUUCUACGACCAUGGUGAUUUAAUAACCGGUUCUUCUGUGGCUUAUGUUUAUAAGAACAAACUUCUCGUAGGAUCGAUAAUGGAUACUUUGGUACAUUGUGACAUAAAUGGUCCUCAGUAA